CUGCGGGCUCUCCUGACAGUGCUGUUGGUGCCGUGGAGGUUAUGGGCGGUAGAGGAAAAGGAGUGUGCCUGGCACGUGGCAUUGAACAAGUUUGAGAAAGUAGGCCGGAAGAAAGCGAUUGACCGCUUCUUUCAUCAAGAACCUGUGGACACAGUGGAAAGUGUGUUCAGAAGGCUAGAGGAUGCGCCAGUUGACCUGAAUGAGAAGUACAUGGGCUUCCCUUACUACCUGAAGAUCGGCUACUUCUGCCAGGGAAGGGUCUCUGAUGACCUAAUCCGGAGGGGCCACCUAACAGGGCUUAAGCCUAUGGUCCUAGUCACCUUCCAUUCUCCAGUCAACUUCUACCGGUGGAAGAUGGAGUUGCUACAGAUCCAGAUGGAAGCAGCCCCCUUCCUCAGCAAAGACGAAUACUGCAGAGCAGAGGAGCUGUGUUUCAUGGGCUGGUACACACCCAUGCCCAUCAAGAACGGCAGUGUGGUCAUGCAUGUGGAUGUCAGCAGCAAUGGCCUGGGGCCCUACAUCCCCAAGAAAAGGUUCUAUGUGAACAUCAACGGCUACCUGAAGAUGGAGCAAAACAGCACAAAGUUCACCAUAGGCAAACAGGUCUUCAGACUGAUACCCCGGUACUUUAAUAAUUUCUACUCACAACCUCUGUGGUACACUGUGGACCAGGCCCCUGUGCUCAUCCUGGGUGGCAUUCCCAAUGAGAAAUUAGUCCUGCUAACGGACACCAACUUUGAGGACUUCUCUCUCCUGGAGUUAAACAUUGAUAGUUGCUGGGUAGAGUCCUUCUCCUGCCCCCAUUCUGCCUUUACUGCCACCAUCUAUGACACCAUUGCCACCGAGAGCACCCUCUUCAUUCGCCAGAACCAGCUCGUCUAUUAUUUUACAGGCAACUAUUCCAAACUCCGGGAUAUCAACAGAAAAGACAGCUGGGUUCGCAUCCUGGCCAACGAGUGCAUCAAGAAGCUCUGCCCGGUGGAGUUCCACAGCAAUGGCUCGGAGUAUGUGAUUGCUCUCACUACUGGCCAGAACGAAGGCUAUAUCCACUUUGGGACCAUAACAGAUGGUCGUGUGUCCUUUGAGAAGCUGCCCAAGUACCAGUCACCCUGCCAAUCACUACAAACUAACUGCUCCAUCUUAUGGACUGUAUAUAUCAACGCUAACAAUGAAUUGUUGCUGCUUGUGGAGAACAUCUACACUGAGAUCCUGAAGACUUACCUGCUCGUCAGCUACAACCUGUUCACAGAGCAGCUGAUCUUUCUCUACGAGUUGCCCAGAUUUAUCCCUGAUGCUCAAGGCCUCAAGUUUGUGAUGCUCCAAAAGUUAGAGUUGUCCACCAAAGUGCCUCUCACACCCCUGGGCCUGUUCUUCAAUCCAUACAACAACAUGCUGUUCAUUUGGGGCAACUUCAUUGUGCAGAGCUAUGACCAUGAAAACUACUUCUACCUGUCAGAUUUUCCCAAGGAGUCUGUCAUCAAGUACCUAGUCAACUCAUACCAUGGGGAUAUGGCGAUUGUCACAGAGUCUGAGGAGGUCUGGUACCUCCUGGAGGGCAGCUACGAUGUGUACAGGCUGUACCCAUCUGAGGGCUGGGACAUGCACAUCAGCAUACAGAUGAUGAGGCAGUCGCCUUUCUAUAGCUACAAGGAGACCAUGGUCACCCUCUUCUACGAAGACAGCCAACUGUACCAGCUAGUGUACGUUUUCCAAGGCCCCAAGAGUGGGCUCAUCAAGAGGCUGGUGCCUGUGGAACAGAUUCUCAUGUACCUCAAGCUGAGAAACAGUCAUCUGGACUUGAUAAAAAAAGCCUUGGUGUUGAUGAACCUGAACUUCUCCAACUUGUGCCCCUUCACGGUGAUGCGCCUGGAGAAUGUGCCAAAUCCGCAAAAGUAUACACGCCAGGAACGAUACCAGGCCUUACCCCCCCGUGUCCUGACAGCCUCAGGCUUCCACAGUGAAGACUCACUGGCAGUCUACCAGGGCCUAGUCUACUACCUGCUGUGGUUGCACUCUGAGUAUGACAAGCCCUACGCAGAACCAGUGCAUGACCCCACCUGGCGCUGGUGGGAGAGCAAGAAACACGACCAGAGUUACUAUUUUUACCUGGCCAGCAACUGGCAGAGCGAGAGUGGCGUGUACGUUGAGAUGGAAAGCUACGAAAAGUUCUACCACCUCCAGCCGGAGGCUGAACUGCCUGAGCGCAUUUUCCUAGACAAGGGAAGCUCCUACAGCUUCUCCAUCCGGCUCACUGCCCGCAAGGGCUUCCACAGCCUCCAACCCAUGCUUGGCACCAACUUUCUUCUGGACAACCAGCUGGGUCUGGGCGUGAUGCUGGCCCACCCAAAGUGCAUCAAAGCGACAGUGACAGAGAGGGUUAUUAUUAGUCAAAACUCCAUGGUGUUCCAUGUUUCGAUCAGAGAUAGGAGGCAAUGUUUUGACCAUGGUAUCAGUGGACGACACCUCAAAAGGACCUCGGUGCUGGUCAAGGUGAUGGGCUCCGCAGGGCAGUGUUUCCAGAACACCCACCUGGGGCCACGCACGCAAGGCCGCCUGAUGCUGCCAGUGCUUAUUGGCUGUCCACCAGGCAAGCGCCUGGUCUUUGACGUCACCUUCACAUUGCAGUACAACCUCAUGCAGAACAAACACUACUUUGACUGCAUAAAAGCCGACCCUGAGAUGCCCUGCUUCCACUUCCGUGACAUCUUCUACCCCUUCUUCUUGAUCCAAGAUGUGGUGACUGGAAAUGCUGGCCGUUUUAUGGGCAAGUACAUGCUGAAGGUGGUAGGUGGUGGGCCCACCCUCGAUAGCAUCCAGGACUACAGUAAGGAGGAAAUCUUCCACUACAACAGUCACCAGGACAACCAAGGCUCUGGCCUCACUAAAGUGACCACCCUACACAGGACAGGCAGCCUCAUCUGGACCGUGAGGAACAAGACAGUAAUGGACAAAAAUAUGACCUUGAUUGAUGGAGCCUUCCAUGUCUUCAAGUAUGGUUUGAACUUGGGCAUCGAGUGGCUGUGUCUGGAGAACUCGCCUUGCCAUGACAUCAUGCCUCAGAGCAUCUUCUCCCCCGAAUUCUUCUUCAAGGUGUUAGUGAGCAAUAGAGGUGUGGAUGAAAACACCUACUGCAACUACCAGCUCAUCUUCCUGCUGCACAUCCACGGGAUCCCGCUCAGCACCGAGCGCUCCUUGUUCUUCCUUAUAGUGUCAGCCAGCAUGUUUGGGGGGCUGGUGGUUGUCUACCUCAUCUUCUGCUUCCUGUGGCCCUUCGUUGUGAAGGGCUGCUACAUCCUCCGCUGGAAGAUCAACAGCAUGAUUACCACAGACUCCUACUACACCUACGUGUCCUCCUCCAGAGCCUUCAGCCUGCAGUCCAACAUCUCCACGAUGCCCUCCAGGCUCAGCAACUGGGUCUAUGACAGAGACAGGGCUGACUCUCAGUAA